AUGGGUGCAUUGCUAAGAGAAAUUGCAAAAUACAUUUCAAAACAACAGGAGGCAGAAACACACUCUUUCUCACACUUUGUGGAUUAUGCAGGACACAACACUGUGGCCUUUGGGAAAGCAUUUGAAGGAAUGUAUAUAAAGGGUAAGGAACACUGUAAUUUCAGUGCAGUCAAAAGGGAAGAAAAAGAUAAAAAGGAACUUCAGCAAUGGCAUAAAAGACUUGGCCACAAUAUAUCAGUGCAGCUGUUUAAGAGGGAGGAUUUGGAUCUCGAUUUGAAUCUCGAUUUGGUUUUGUAUUUGGCAGAUAGAUUGCAGCUGUUUAAGAGGGAGGAUUUGGAUCUGAAUUUGGUUUUGUAUUUGGAAGAUAAAUUGCAGCUCUUAAAGAGGGAUCCAUUGUCUCUGACUACCCAAGAAGAAGGAAUCGCCAUUCUCUCUUUCUCCAUCUCUCGACAAAAACUGACUCAACAACAGCGCAAACCCGUCACUGCCAAUUUAAUUGCAUUCAACUCCUGA